AUGGUGGAUUAUUACAAAGUCCUUGGACUGCAAAAAAGCGCCUCACAGGAGGAUGUUAAGAAAUCCUACCACAAACUGGCACUAAAAUGGCACCCUGAUAAGAAUCCCAGCAACAAGGAGGAAGCCAAAAAGAAAUUCAAAGCAAUUGCUGAGGCAUAUGAGGUUUUGUCCAACCCUCAGAAACGAUCGCUCUACGACAGAGAAAGUGCCAUGGGGGCUUAUAACAGCUCCUUUGAUUCCCCUUACAUAUUCCGUGAACCUGAGGAGAUCUUCAGAGGGAUGAAUCAGAGGGAUCCCUUCUACAACAUCAGAAACAAUGGUGAAAACCGGCACAGAACAAGCAGAAGAGGAAGCUCCAGCCAGUUUUCUGACUUUAUGGACUCAUUUUCUGACUUUAUGGACUCAUUUUCUGACUUUAAUUCAUUUAGACCCAGCGAGCAGCCCAACUCCUCCUUUGCUGAGGAAGCAGUUGGGCCACACAGUGUCAGAUCAGUGUUAACCACUACUGAAGUGAUCAAUGGCAAGAGGAAGACCACCCAGAAAAUCAUUGACAUCAUGCAGGAGAGAACAAAAGUCAAAGAAGAUGGCCACCUGAGGUCUGGGACAAGAAAUAAGAGAGACCACCUGAAAUUAUAA